GUGCGGCGGCAACCAUGGCGGGAGGAAUGAAAGUGGCGCCGGCGCCGCCGGUCGCUUCCCGGUCCCCGGGCUGGAGGGCCCGGGGCGGCGGGACGGCCUGGCUGCGCUUGCUUCUCGGCGGCUGCCUCGUCUGCAGCGCAGCUGGAAUUGAAGUACAAGUGGUGACUCUGCAAGAAUCCCAAUUUUAUAAUGAGACUAGUAGUCAGCAAUUCUGUUAUAAGAACACUCUUGUCCCAAAGUGGCAUGAAUUGUGGACCCGAGUGACGAUUCGGGUAAAUAGCUCCAGAGUGGUGAGAGUUACGCAAGUGGAAAAUGAAGAGAAGCUGAAAGAACUAGAGCAGUUCAGUCUCUGGAACUUGUUCUCAUCCUUCCUGAAGGAGAAGCUGAACGACACCUAUGUCAAUGUGGACCUCUACAGCACCAAGGUCUGCCUCAAAGUUGAGGUCCUUGAGAAGGACACGGAGUACAGCAUCAGCCUGUCCCGAAGAUUUGACCCCAAACUCUUCCUAGUUUUCCUCCUUGGACUUUUGCUCUUCUUUUGCGGGGACUUACUAAGCAGAAGUCAGAUUUUCUACUACUCCACUGGGAUGAGCCUGGGGAUUUUGGCCUCUCUGCUAAUUUUGAUUUUCCUGAUGUCCAAGUUCAUGCCCAAGAAAAGUCCCCUCUACAUCAUCUUGGUUGGAGGCUGGUCCAUUUCUUUGUACCUAAUACAGCUGGUUUUUAAAAACUUACAAGAAAUCUGCAGGUUUUAUUGGCAGUAUCUUUUAAGUUAUGUCCUCAUAGUUGGAUUCUUGAGUUUUGCUGUGUGUUACAAGUACGGACCCUUGGAGAAUGAACGCAGCAUCAACCUGCUGACCUGGGCCUUGCAGCUGACAGGCCUGCUGCUCAUGUAUUGUGGUGUGCAGAUACGGCAGAUUGCCUUCGCCCUUAUCAUCAUUGCCUUCUGCACUAAAAACCUGGAAUACCCCAUUCAGUGGAUUUACACCACCUACAGAAAGGUGUAUAAGGCAGCAGAAAAGCCGACACCCCCUCGUCUCCUGACUGAAGAAGAAUACCGCGUCCAAGGGGAAGUAGAGACCCGAAAGGCCCUGGAGGAGCUCCGAGACUACUGCAGCAGCCCAGAGUUUUCUGCGUGGAAGGCCAUUGCUCGGAUCCAGUCUCCCAAGAGGUUUGCUGACUUUGUGGAAGGAUCUUCUCACCUCACACCAAGUGAAGUUUCUGUCCAUGAGCAAGAAUACGGACUAGGGAGCAAUUUUACAGAGGAUGAACUCUUUGAGGACAUGUCAUUGGAGGAAGAGGACGAGGAGGACUACAUAGGUCCCUCAGUCAUACAGAACCAUUUAGUGUCUUAGGUGGCAUCUUGGUAUUUUCGCAUAGACUGAAUUAAUUUCAAGGUGGCCAGAGCUUUAACACUCUAUGUGUGUGUAUACAAGUGUUUCCUGGCCAUCUGAAAGAGGCAUGAGAUGCUACAGAGAUGCCACUUUAGAAGCCUGAUGGGCAUGCCUUCUGAACCCUGGUUGGGAUCUGUGUAAGGAUCUUAUGGGAAGCUAGGAGUUGAGUCAACAAACCAAAGAACAUGGGCACUUCCUUCUAGAUGGAGUGAGCUGUGCCCUCGCCUCCUCUCCCCCUGCAGGCCAUCCUGCCCAUGGUGUUCAUGCCGAUGUUUUUAUAGCCCUGGCAUCUGGUUGAUGUCUUCUACACAAGGAUUUUGUGCAGCUGGGCCUGUUCCAGUGUUCUGUGUGGUUGGCACUGAGGACCACCGUUCAUUAUAAGUGCAGAAAUGUGUUCGGAUAGAGAGUGGGGCAAGUUUCUCAAUCUCUGCUUCUUUAUAGGGCAGUCCACAGGUCCUUGGGAACUUCCUCUGUCCCUGAUGAGAUUUUUAUUUGGCUGUUUGGAGGAGAAGGUGCGCUUCUUUCUCUUGGAUUUUGACUGAACUGCAUUUAAAUUAAAAAAAGUUCAUGCUUCAGAGUGACAAGAAUCAUUGGAUCACACUGUCAUGCUUGUCAGCCAUUUUAAGCCUUAUAAAUUAGAAUGCUUCAGCUUUUGAUUAAUUCACUCUGGUUAUAAGAGAUUGUCAAAGGGUUCUUUAUGGAACUCUGCAUUCCGUUUAAGAGUAUCAGUUUCCAUUCCCUCCAAGAAUUGUCUGCUGCUUUCGCUUUGAAGUGGCUACAGUUCAUUUUCUCAUCUGAAGUUUUGUUGGUCUUUUUCUCAGAAAAGCCUGUUAGCUUUGUCUGGGCCAGUUGGGGUGGCAUGGGCAGUGUGUAACUUUGUCCCGAAAACUUAGAUAAUUUUUCCCCCUACUUCCCCAUUUCUCCAUUCAGGGGCCACAUGCCUUUGAGUCAGCAGAGAAAUCAGGCAGCCUGCUACCUCCUGUUCCUCUUUCUUUUUCUGUCUAGUUCAUCUCUCCUUCUCACCCCAUGCCGUCUAUGGGAGUCAGUGGGAGAGGUGUUAUCUAGGCUGUGGUCUUCUCAGAGUAGAAUUUUUCUGCCAUGUGCCUUCAGAAUGGAGGAAUAGAGGUGAGGAAGUAGUUAUAGUGCUGCCAGUAAGAGCUUCGUGAUUAAAAAAUAAUAAUCCCAAACUAUUCAAGUGCCACCAUUCAGGGGACCAGCAAAGUAGACCUCAGGAUGGCCUCUCAUUGCCAUUGAAGUUGAUAGAUAAGCAUCGAAGUGAUCUUUGCUCGAGGCUUUGUGAGUGACUUUAUCAUCUGGGAUAGAGGGACAUUAACCCCUCAUUUUAGAUUUUCUCACCGUAAGAAAGACUGAUGGAUUGGGAGCUGACCUGCACCCACCAGCAAAGGAUUAUUAGAAAAGCCUUCCAUCCUAAGUUGGUCAUUUAAGGGUGGCUGAGUUGCCAAGUGCCUUUUUCUUGUUUGACUUUCCAUGAUUUCAACCAAGAACCCCAUGAAAUUCAGACCUCUUAGAAAAGUAAAUUAGUUCAGAGAAUAGAAAUCCAUCAGAACAGCAUGAUCAGGAGAGGCUUCACACUCAUUGAUCCCACUGUAAACAUGGAAAAGGCGAGUCAGUCUGUGAAAACAACAGUGACUCUUUCCAGAGCAGUCUUUCUGGCAGAGAUUCUGAAAUGCCUUAAGCUUAGCUGUGGACUUUCAAAACGGCACUUCUGAGAUUCCACCCUUUGUGUGGCCAGUGGUGUGAUGGGAGAAAAGGAUAAACUGUGGAGGAAGAGGUUAUUUCUAACAGUGAUUCCCAAAAAUGAAUAAUCCUCAGGCCUCAUGGAUAAUCACAGACUUGAAGUUCAUUCCUUGGACAGGGGAGUAGUCACACAGUGGAAACUGAAGAAGCCAGAGCUUAAGGGAUAGAAAAGGGACAUGAGUACAAAAGGAAUUUCAUGGAAGCCAUGUCCAGUCCUGGAUGCCCUGAGUCGAGUAUAUUGCUUAUCUGGAAGGGGAAGGAGGAGUGGGUUGCUCACUUAACCCUAUGGAAAUCUUAGACAUCUGUUUUCAGGGACUUGUUUUUAUUUACAGUUUUUGGUUGGGACCCAGCAUAUUUUCUUGCUCAUAAGCUCUUCCUUUGGGGUUAGCAUUCAGUAGUAUAGACUCUGAUUAAAUGAAUUUGCUUGCCUGGCUGACUGGGGGGGGGGGGUGAGGUGGAGCCAGGUAUUUAAUCCCUCCAGAAAGCUGCUUCUGUGCAGAGGAAGGGUCCUCCCUGAGCUGGGAGUGCAGUAGGAUCACAUUUGACAUUAUCUCUUUGGAAGUAAGGGGUUAUUGUCAGUGCAGACGGCAUUUGGUUCUCAAAGCUCAACCAAAGCCUCAAACAGUCCUUGAAAGUCAAGGAGGGAGGUGUCUUUUGUGUGCUGCCCUGACCCUGUUCCUUCUUACUCAUUGUGUUCCUCUGCCCCAGGUGCUUCAGGGCUGUGUUGCAGAGAUUGCUUUGCUUCCCCUCUGCUGCUUAGCCUCCUGCCUCAGUCACUACUUGAAGCCCCCAUUUAAUUUUCUUUGGCAGUUAUAUCUCCUGCAAUUUCAGCACUGCCUCGUCUCUGGGUUCCCAGACUGAUUUCAUCAAGGAGAUAACUACAGAGUGAGCUGAAUGUUGGAGCCCUGUCUGCUGCCACUACAUCAGUCUCUGUGUGGCAAAUGCCAGGCCAUAAAUUGGCCCAAGGGCACUCUGUCAUCACAUUGGAGAUCUCUUGUCUCCUGUGGAGGAGAUCCUGUCUGUCUGGACCUGGAACUUGUAUUCUGCUACCUUAAAUUCAAGCAUCGUUGGGAUGCCUUUCCACACCUCAUCAGAAAACCCUAGCAGCCGCUUUUAAUCCCACCCAAAAAGGAGAUUGUUCUCUGUCCAGACCUUUUACUCGUGGAUCACUAGGGUAAAGCUGCUAUGCUGGUGAUCUUUGGAUCUCAAUGUUACAUUGUAUGUUAGUAAUCACAUGCCUUUUCUCCAUCGAUUAGCAAGCUCUCCACCCUUCCCAAACCCAAAUUAGAGUGUGUGUGUGUGUGUGUGUGUGUGUGUGUGUGUGUGUGUGUGUGUACGCAACAUACAUGAAUGAAUGAUUAGACUGGGAUCUGUGAAAGAACUGGAGAUAGACUGUUAGUCACAUCUAAACCUUGAUAUCGUUGUAACAUUCGAAAGUGAGUUGAACAGUUUUCACCCAGCAAAAUGAUAGAGUAACGCCGAAGCUGACAUAAAAAUAUUUCCAGGUUGUGUGCUGUGUUUUUCUGCAAAAUGAAGAGUGAAAGUUGGAAGAGGAAAGGAAAUGAGAUGUCCUUUAAGUAUUCCCCUGGACUCAGGUCAGAUUUUCAGGAUACUACUGCCUGUGAAAAUGCCAAGAAUUUUAUCUGAACUGAUUAGAACCACAGAGAAAGGUAGUUUAACAGAUUUAUUGUGCCUACAUGUUCUACUAGCACUGAAAUUAAGUAAUAAACCUAUCUAUAAGAUAGACAUUGCACACAGUAAAUGCACCUAGCUUCUUGUUUCUAUGGACUUCACUAUAGCAGGAGCAGAAGUGAACUAACUAUGCAAAAAUGGAGCCUGGGCUCCUGUAAAAUCUUAGCCCCACAGUGUCUUAUUAAUAUGGGUUUGGAUUCAGGUUGCUUCUCAGUGGAUGAAACCCUGAGAAAUGGGUCCCAGUUCAUAACUGGGGAAGCGUCUCCCUUGGGUUUUAUAGGGGUUGCUAAGUAUCCCAAAUGUUCGGUCAUUCAAGAAACAUUUAUCAAGCACUUGUGGAGUGCUGUGUUAGGUGCUGAAGAUGUUAGAAAGCUUAGGUAAGCUGUGGUCUUUGCCCUCUUAGGGUUUAACGUCUUAAGGGUGAAAGAUGGAGUGUUCUAUGAGCUAUAAUUAUGAGGUAACUUUCAAGAUCAAUUUACCCCUUCCCUAAAUACAGGAUCCUUGGCCUCACUCACCUAAUGCCUCUUUCCCCCUCAGCUCCCAGUAACCUGUGACAACUUUGAAGGUGGUGACACUGUCUUGAGUCACUCCCAAGAAAUGUUUUCUGUGUUUAAACUCCAUUUUAGGUCAAACCUACUAUACCAGUGAGAGAAGCAUUAGAUCUAGGCUGUGGUCUUCUCAGAGUAGAGUUGAUCUGCCAUGUGCCUUUGGAAUGGGGGUGGGGGGAAGGGAUGAGGGUGAGGAAGUAGUAUCAGUCAAUGGGCAAUGCCUUGGUGCUUGCCUUUAAAAAAAACAUUUCUAUGAAUAUUUAAAAUGUUGAUGUCCUCCCCUUUUCAAAAACAAAAAUGAUUUCUUUAGCUUGAUCUUGACUUGUUUUAUAGCUUGUAAAUAGUUUUAAUAAAGUUUUAUACAUUGUGA